GACGGCAGCGGCGCGCCGCUCUCCGAGAGGUCACCCUGGAGACGGUGGAGGGUUAGGGGAGUGGGACUCAGUGGGACUAUGUGGCGCGUCUGUGCCCGACGGGCCCAUCGGGCAGCCCCGGAGGCAGGACUCGGAGCUCGGUGGACAGCCUUGCGAGAGGGCCCCGGAGCUCCGCGUGUGAGCCUGCGGUCCAGCCGCGCCCCGGCGCGUUCCAACAGCACGACGACCCCAGGAUAUGGCGGGGUCCGGGCUCUGGGCGGCUGGAGCGCCAGCUCUGGCGCCGCUCCACGGAAUCGCUUGCUGCUGCAGCUUUUGGGAUUGCCGGGCCGCCGCUGCUACAGUCUCCCUCCGCAUCAGAAGGUUCCGUUACCUUCUCUUUCCCCCACAAUGCAGGCAGGCACCAUAGCCCGAUGGGAAAAAAAAGAAGGGGAAAAAAUCAAUGAGGGUGAUCUAAUUGCAGAGGUCGAGACUGAUAAAGCCACAGUUGGAUUUGAGAGCCUAGAAGAGUGUUAUAUGGCAAAGAUACUUGUUGCUGAAGGUACUAGAGAUGUUCCAGUUGGGGCUGUCAUCUGUAUCACAGUUGGAAAGCCUGAGGAUAUCGAGGCCUUUAAAAAUUACACAUUGGAUUCCUCUGCAGCACCCACCCCACAAGCAGCUCCAGCACCCACUUCCACAGCCGCCGCUUCGCCGCCUGCACCUUCUCCUCAGGCUCCUGGUAGCUCGUAUCCUCCUCACAUGCAGGUACUUCUUCCUGCCCUCUCUCCUACCAUGACCAUGGGCACCGUUCAGAGAUGGGAAAAAAAAGUGGGUGAGAAGCUAAGUGAAGGAGACUUACUGGCGGAGAUAGAGACUGACAAGGCCACUAUAGGUUUUGAAGUACAGGAAGAAGGUUAUCUGGCAAAGAUCCUCGUUCCUGAAGGCACAAGAGACGUUCCUCUAGGGACCCCACUUUGUAUCAUUGUAGAAAAAGAGGCAGAUAUAGCAGCAUUUGCUGAUUACAGGCCAACCGAAGUCACUGAUUUGAAACCACAAGCACCACCAGCUGUCCCACCUCUGGUGGCCGCUGUUCCUCCAAGCCCCCAGCCUGUAAGCCCUGCACCAUCAGGCGCUCCUGGGGUACCAGCUACUCCUGCUGGGCCUAAGGGAAGGAUAUUUGUUAGCCCUCUUGCAAAGAAGUUGGCUGCAGAGAAAGGGAUUGACCUUACUCAAGUGAAAGGGACGGGACCAGAUGGCAGAAUCAUCAAGAAGGACAUUGACUCUUUCGUGCCUCCGAAAGCUGCUCCUGCGCCAGCAGCUGCCGUGCCUCCGCCCAGCCCAGGAGUGGCACCAGUUCCCACAGGGGUCUUCACGGAUGUCCCCGUCAGCAACAUUCGGCGCGUUAUUGCACAGCGGUUAAUGCAAUCAAAGCAGACUAUACCUCAUUAUUACCUUUCUAUUGAUGUAAAUAUGGGAGAAGUUUUGUUGGUUCGGAAAGAACUUAAUAAGAUGUUAGAAGGAAAAAGCAAAAUUUCUGUCAAUGACUUCAUCAUAAAAGCUUCAGCUUUGGCAUGUUUAAAAGUUCCUGAAGCAAAUUCUUCAUGGAUGGACACAGUUAUAAGACAAAAUCAUGUUGUUGAUAUCAGUGUUGCUGUCAGUACGGCUGCAGGACUCAUCACACCUAUUGUGUUUAAUGCACAUAUAAAGGGACUGGAAACCAUUGCUAACGAUGUUGUUUCUUUAGCAACCAAAGCAAGAGAGGGUAAACUACAGCCACAUGAAUUCCAGGGUGGCACUUUUACAAUCUCCAAUUUAGGAAUGUUUGGAAUUAAGAAUUUCUCUGCUAUUAUUAACCCACCUCAGGCAUGUAUUUUAGCAAUUGGUGCUUCAGAGGAUAAAUUGGUCCCAGCAGAUAAUGAAAAAGGGUUUGAUGUGGCUAGCAUGAUGUCUGUGACGCUCAGUUGUGAUCAUCGAGUUGUGGAUGGAGCAGUUGGAGCCCAGUGGCUUGCUGAGUUUAGAAAAUACCUUGAAAAACCUAUCACAAUGUUGUUAUAAUUAACCCAAGAAUUUUUAGAUGCUUCCAGGUCAUUUUGGUUCAUUCUUACAGGAUAUUUAUAUGUCAUUAAACACAUGGUUCUUUUAAAGUUCACCAGUCAUUUUUAUUAUGGAGUCUUUCCAGAUGAAUUAUUUAUAAUGGCAUUACUGAAUUUUUAAAUGCCAGUCAUUCCCAGAUACUGUUCACUUUUAAUGAUUAAAUACCAGAUUAGAAGCUGUGUACUUUUAGUCAUGGGUCAUGUGCUGGCCUGGUGAUAAGCAUUUCCCGUAAGACAUACAGGACAGGGGCUGGGGAUUUAGCUCAGCGGCAUAAGCACCUGCCUUGCAAGCAGACAGUCGUGAGUUCGAUCCCCAGUACCGAUAAAAAAGGAAAGACAAGAAAAAAAAAGAGAGAGAGAAAUACAGGAUAGGCAGAAUUGUGCUUCCCUACACACAAGGACUAAAGUAACCUUGAUGACACUUUGCAAUUCAAAAUUGAAUUGCCUAAAAUUUCUUAAAUGUGAAGGAAAGAUAAAUUAGGAAAACUGAUUUUCUUAGGGGAAGGGUUUUUGAUUAACCAUGGUCUAAGUUUUCUGUCAUGAUCUUGGUUUUGGUUCAUUAUAUAUGGGAAGGGGUACAGGACAUCGAGGAAAAUAAGUGAAUUUUUUUUUUUUUUUAAAUCGGUACCGGGGAUCAAACUCACGACCACCUGCUUGCAAGGCAAGUGCUUAUGCCGUUGAGCUAAAUCCCCAGCCCCUAAAAUAAGUGAAAUUUAAGAAGUCAAAAUUUUCAUAGACCUCUUCAAACAUUUAUUUUUCUAUGGAUCUUUAAAAUUAAUAAUUACUUGCCCCUAAGGUAAAGAUAUAAACCAGUUUCUUGGUAUACAUGAGGAUUUGUGUGGGUAUUUAUUUAAACAGUUGAAGUAUGCAGUUCUGAAAAGAGAAUUUUAUACCAAGUAAAAGAGCAUGCUUAUAAAAUGUAAAAGAAUUUAGUAAGUUGUGGAAGUAGAAUUUUCCUUGAAGAUAGCUGAUUAUAAAUGAAGUUAGUUCAGAAUUUAUUAAAUAACUGGAAAGCGCUAUGAAAUAAAUAUGGGAUACAUGUAAAUAUGUAAAAUAUGGUGACUAGAGUUGGGUAUGUGCCAAAGUCUAACCCCAAGUCCUGUCUGAGAUAAAAGGGUUGUAUUUGUGAAUGGUUCAGAAUGCUAAACAGUGAUACCACAGCUACACUGCCUGUGUUCCCAGCUGUGCAGGAGGCCGGGACUGGAGGGUCACUUUAGCCCAGGAAUUUGAGGCCAGCCUGGGCAAUGUUGUGAGAUGUCUCAAAAAACAAAAGGUUUUAUUUUGCACAAGCAGAAUGGUAAUUUCUGCUUGUGCAAUUAAAAAAUAAAUGUAUUUUUAGAAGUGUUUCUUUCUACCCCAUCAUUGUCUCAUGUAAAAUAAGGUAUCCCUAAAAUUCUGCUGGAGAGAAAAAUAUUCAUUAGGUGGCUACCUCAUCAGCCUAAAUACUUUAAAAAGAAUUUUUUUAAAGUUAUAUUUUGCCUUUCUUUUGGAGGCAUGGAAGACAUGACAUUUAGGAUAGUAAAAAUCAAUUUGGAACAUUACCACAAUUCCAGACUUUCUGUUGAAUUGAUGCAUUUUAAUAAAUAUAUGGAAUUAUUUAUGACUAUCUAAAUAAACCUGACCAGUGCUUCCUUGUAUAUGUGAUAUGUGGAGCUAGCAUCUGAUAUUUGCUUUGUUUCACUGUUGAUAUUUCUCAGUGUUGAUUAUUACAUGGUACAUAAGUGACACUCCAUACUUUUCACAAACAUUCACUUUGCUGUAUUAUGAAAACAAUUCACUACAUUAAUCUAACUUUUCAGUAAUUAGUAAUUUUAGGUUGAAUUGCAGAUGAUGUGAAAACAUACGUGUAUCACUAGGGACCAUCAUCAGUCUGGGCCAGAUCUGGUUCCACCAGAUGAAAAUUCAGAAGUAAUGCAUUCUUUACUAAUGUUUGUGGCUCUAUUUGUUCCCCUGAAGGAAAAAUAAAGUUAACCAUCUAGAAAAAUUGUUUUGAGUUAAAAAUUUAUCUUGGCUAUACUCUAAAUCUGGAGCCAGUGUAUUUGUCUUACAGAACUGAAAGAACAAAGUUAGAAUAGUGUUUUUUGUUUAAAUAAGAUUUAAAAUUAAACUUUGUUUUCAAUA